UGACCACAAACCUUAUCUAGUCGAGGAGGUGGGUCAGAGAAGAGUUUCAGAUGCUUCAUCUUCAGUACAUUUCCUUCUACUGAUACAGGUAUAACUCAUUAUUUCCAAGCAUGUGUGAGCCAAACGGCUGUUGCAUGUUCUCCAGAUAUUCCUCUGGCUAGGAAGAAAUAAUAGUAGAAUCCUUUGAAAAUGGAUAUCAUUUACACGUUCUUCGGAUGCAAAAGCCAGCAGUUACUGAAAUAAGGACUUGAAGUUCCUUCCUCUUUUUUUCUGUCUUCAGCACAGAAAAUAAGUAUUCCAGGUGACUCUUGAAAUCAAGAAAAUUUGAAAAAUGAUGUCCCAGAGAGAGCUGUAGCAUGGAAAGAGCUCCAGGCAACCUGAAGUCCUAGACCAGCAGAAAUGAAGAGGGUUCUCAGGGAAGAGCUCUGAAACACAACGUACCACAGCCUGGCAAGGGAACAAAUUCAUUCAAGUGAUGACAGGACCCAGGGAGAAUGACGCUUUAUUUGUGCUGGAUAUUUCUCUGGCUUGUCACAGGAGAGAGAACUAAAGGACUGAAUAUUUCAGAUUGCAUCACCAAAAAACUUCUGUGGGAAUAUUCUUCAGGAAGUGAGAAGUUUGUCUUAUUUUGUGACUUAACAGAGUCACAGAAAUCCCAUUUUCACCACAGACGUCAACUCUCACCAACCCAAGCCCCUGAAAACUUGCCCUGCAGUGGUAGUAAGGAUCUAUCUGAUGUCCAGUGGUACUUUCAACCUCAGAAUGGAAAUCCAUUAGGGGAAAUAACUAACAACUAUCAUCACAUCAUCCAGGACAAGAGCAUCCUACACUUUUCGACCACAGGAAUGCAUAAUGCUGGGUCGUAUAUCUGUAGACCCAGGAUUCGGAGCCCUCAGGGUGAGGCCUGUUGUGUCAAGACCAUCUUAGAAGUUAAGCCUAAGACCAAUGUAUCAUGUGUACCAAAUAACUUCGUAUCACACGAGCAACAACUUCUUAUUGGCAGCACUGCCUAUAUUAACUGCCCCAGCUUCCAUUGCCAAAGUGAUGCCCAAAGUUCAGAGGUGACCUGGUACAAGAAUGGAAAACUACUCUCUGAAGAAAGGAGCAACUCAAUCCUAGUGGAUGAAGUUUAUGACCACGACCAGGGCAUAUAUGUAUGUGAUUACACUGAUUCAGAUAACACAAGUUCAUGGACAGUCAGAGCUGUUGUCCAAGUGACAACCAUUGUGAAAGACACUAUUUUCAAGCCAGAUAUUCUGGACCCCAUCAAGGACACACUGGAAGUAGAACUUGGAAAGCCUUUAACUCUUAACUGCACGGCACGAUUUGGCUACCAACGAGAUUUUAAACCUGUAAUAAAAUGGUACAUUAAAGAUUCUGACCAGGAGUGGGAAGUUCCAACACCUGAGCAGAAAAGAGUUAAAUACACCAAAAAGGAUGACGUUAUAGAGCGUGUUGUCCACUUGAAAGAAGUCACUCAGAGGGAUCUUCACCGGAAGUUUGUUUGCUUUGCCCAGAACUCCAUCGGCAACACGACCCAGUCCAUCCAGCUGAGAGAAAAGAAAGGAGUGGUGUUCAUCUACAUCCUACUUGGUACCGUCAUGAGCCUGGCAGGCGUGCUGACCACAGGUGCUCUGCUCUACAUGUACUGGAUUGAAAUAGUGCUGCUGUACCGAACCUACCAGAACAAGGAUGAGACACUUGGGGAUAAAAAGGUAUUUGAUGCUUUCGUAUCCUAUGCAAAAUGGAGCUCUUUUGAGAGUGAGGCCACUUCAUCUCUGCAUGAGGAAUACUUGGCCCUGAAUCUAUUCCCUGAAGUUUUGGAAAACAAAUAUGGAUACAACUUGUGUUUGCUUGAAAGAGAUGUGGCCCCAGGAGGAGCAUAUGCAGAAGACAUCGUAAACAUUAUUAAGAAAAGUAGAAGAGGAAUAUUUAUCUUGAGCCCCAACUAUGUCAAUGGACCCAGUGUCUUUGAACUACAAGCAGCAGUGAAUCUUGCCUUGGAUGACCAAACACUGAAACUAAUUUUAAUCAAGUUCUGUUCCUUCCAAGAGCCAGAGUCUCUACCUCAUCUGGUGAAAAAAGCUCUCCGGGUUUUGCCCACCGUCACUUGGAGAGGCUUAAAAUCGGUCCCUCCCAAUUCCAGGUUCUGGACUCAGAUGCGCUACCACAUGCCGGUGAAAAACUCCAAAGGAUUCAGGUGGAACCAUCUCAGAAUUAUGCCUGAAUUUUUUUCACUGGAAAUGACUCCGUAAAACAGAAGCCACUGGGAGGAGCUCCCAGCCUAUGGAAUGGAAUGGUAAAGCAGACCCUGAACCACCUGCCCUCAGUCCUUGGCGAGUAGAGACGUUGAUGGACAGAGCCCAGAGCAUGAAUCGGGCUGACAUAAGAUGGAGAGUGUUUUGCCGACCCCGAGCAAGCCUGACAGGCAAAGCAAUGACCCCGAAACUGUGGUUAGAGCUUCUGAUUUCCUCUGGACAGAGGAAGAGUAAAUUCUGCAGACGCAUGCACACGUUCAGCACACAACGCUCUUAAGAUUUGCCAAGGGGUCUGAGCAGAAGUGGCAGAGAUAGCCGCUUCUGCAUUGGGCUACCUAUUCGCUGUCAUGUCUACUAUGGAUUGUACAUAUAAAUUAUAUAUAUUUGCAAUCAAAUAAAUAUUAUUUUAUUAGGA